UAGCCUACUCUAAUCCCGCGGGACAUUAACAUUCGGAGCCCGUUUCCCUGUCGCCCUUUGGAGACCGAAGAAACCCUAAAUCUCAUGCGCGCCCUCUCCCUUCUUGAUGCCUUCUCCCAUGGCGGAAAACCUGAGACCUUGAUAAUCCAAUAUUGAAAAACCCAAAAUGCCCCUCCUAAGCACCAAGAUAUCUCCCCGCCCCCUCCUCCGCCUCCUCCUCCCCUCCGCCACCCGGCCCCUCUCCUCCGCCGCCGCCCCCGCGGGCGGCGGCGCCUCCGCCGAGGCCCGGACCCAGAAGCUGGAACGCAUCGCCGACGAGCUCCUCUCUCUGACAAAGGCCGAGCGCGACGACUACUCCAUCCUCUUCCGCCUCAAGCUCGGGCUCCACCAGUGGAUCCCCGCCGGCGGCGUGCCCGCCCCGGGGGUGGGGGACGGGUUGGCGGCGGAGGCUGCGAACCCCGCAGAGGAAAAGGAGAAGACGGCGUUCGACAUCAAGUUGGAGAAGUUCGAUACCGCGGCCAAGAUCAAGGUCAUCAAGGAGGUCCGGACCUUCACGGAUCUUGGCCUCAAGGAGGCCAAGGAGUUGGUGGAGAAGACCCCUGUGGUGCUCAAGAAGGGGGUCACAAAGGAGGAGGCCGAGGCUAUCGCCGCCAAGCUCAAGCAGGUCGGCGCCACCGUCGUAUUGGAGUGAAAUUGAGAGUAGAAAUCUCGUUUUCUGACUUUUCCCCCUGAGUUUACCUUUAUUUAGUAUCGGAAAUUGGUAGGCCAGUAUGAUUACUUGGUGUUUUGAGUACCUUUUUCUCCUGGAAUUCCAAAAUCUCUUCUUUAACAUAAAGUUUCGAGCAAAUGCGUAUGCACAAUGGAGUUAAUGGGCAUCCGGGCAUCAACUCACUGAUGUGAUCAGAGAUUUUGUAUGAAUAAUGUCGAAAAUGGAUCCAAUCCUCUAUGGAAUUACUGAUAUGAUCGGCUCAUUAAUGUUUCGAUGAAUUCUUGUCGUUAGGAAGCUGUAUGCUUUCUGAGUUU